AUUUUGGAAUGGGAUAUUUCGGUUGCCUUUCAGGACUUAUGGCUUAUUUCGAGCGAUGUGAUAAUACUUGCAAGCUCUUCAGGGAAAUUGAGACACCAAGGUUUCGAUUAAAACUAUCGGGAAGCCAUGCCUAUAGUUGCUAGGGGAAAGGAGAUGAGUUUUACGAUUGCUGAUAAUAGCGGCGAAUAUUUCAAUGUAGAAGAAAAUUGUGCAAAUGAUCAUGACUUUAUUUCAAGAAUCAAGAACCAACUAGAAGUAAUAUUUCUUCCGUAUUUCUAUGUUUUUGUUAUGGGCUAUCGAGUUUGUUAAAUCAGUGCAUCUCCUGGUACUGAACCUACUGCUUCUCCAGCACAGUUUUGUACUAGUAUCCGAUGGUUUCUACCUUCCAGUCUUCUCC